CAGCCCCCCCCCCGUGGCCCCCGGCCCCCCGGCCGCGCGCUGAGGGCGGCCCCGGCCCGGCCCCACCAUGAGCGGCAAGGAGAGCGCCGAGCCCACGGAGAGGAGCCCCCUGAAGGUUUUCCUGCCGCGGAAGCUGGUGGAGCGUCUGCCCCAGUGCGCCGCGCUGCCCGCGGAGCGCCUGCGCUGGAACACCAACGAGGAAAUCGCCUCCUACCUCAUCACGUUCGAGAAGCACGAGGAGUGGCUGUGCUGCGCGCCCAGGACGAGGCCGCGGAACGGCUCCCUGCUGCUCUACAACCGCCGCAAGGUGAAGUACCGCAAGGACGGCUACUGCUGGAAGAAGCGCCGCGACGGCAAGACCACGCGCGAGGACCACAUGAAGCUCAAGGUGCAGGGCGUGGAGUGCCUCUACGGCUGCUACGUUCACUCCUCCAUCGUCCCCACCUUCCACCGCCGCUGCUACUGGCUGCUGCAGAACCCCGACAUCGUGCUCGUGCACUACCUGAACGUGCCGGCCAUGGAGGAGUGCGGCAAGGGCUGCGGCCCGGCGCUCUGCGCCCUCGCCGCCGACCGCCGCGAGUGGCUCCAGUGGUCGCGCGAGGAGCUCGUCAGCCAGCUGCGGCCCAUGUUCCACGGCAUCAAGUGGACGUGCGGGAACGGCGGCGGCGGCCCCGGCGCCUUCUCCCUGGAGCAGGUGGUGCAGCACGUGCUGGAGAGCCAGCAGGCCCGGCCGGCGCCGCGCACCCACGCCUGCCUCUGCUCCCGCGGCCUCGGCGCCGCCGGGCACAAGUGCAGCAGCACCAAACACCGCAUCAUCUCGCCCAAAAUGGAGCCGGGCGCCCGCGAGGCCGAAGCCGCCGCGGCGGCAGCACCGGCGCCGGAGCCGCCCAAGGCGCCGUCGUCGCCCGACACCACGCAGCCCUCGCCGGGGCUGGCGCUGCCGCCCGACGUCCCCGCCGUCGCCUUCGCCGCGGGGCUGCCCGUGCUGCUCAUGGCCGGGCUGGGCGGCUCGGGCGCCGCCGCCGCCGCGCCGCUGCCGCCGGUGCCGGACAAGCCGCUGGCGCUGACGCCGAGCCAGCACCUGGGGGAGGCGCCGAUGGAGGCGGCGGGCGGCGGGGGCCCGGCGCCGCGGGGGCCGCCUGGAGCCGGCACCGGCGCCGGAGCCGCCAGGCUGCCCUUCGGCCUCUCCCUCGACGGCCUCGUCCCGGAGCUGCCACCGGACGAGGGCGGCUACGAGCGUCCCGGAGCCGCCGGCCCCCCGGAGCCGCCGGCCCCCCGGAGCCCCCGGAGCCCCCGGAGCCCCGGCCCGGCCGCCGCGGAGGCCGCGGAGGCCGCGGAGGCUGCGGAGGCCACGGAGGCCACCGCGCUCGUCUCCAUCACCGACUUCUCCCCGGAGUGGUCGUACCCGGAGGGCGGCGUCAAGGUGCUGAUCACGGGGCCCUGGACCGCCGGCGCCGGCGCCUACAGCUGCCUCUUCGACCGCGUGUCCGUGCCGGCCGCGCUCGUGCAGCCGGGCGUCCUGCGCUGCUACUGCCCCCCGCACGAGGCCGGCCUGGCCGCCCUGCGCGUGGCCGUCGCCGCCCGGCUCCUCUCGGCGCCGGCGCCCUUCGAGUACCGGGCCCGGAGCGUCCCGCCGCUGCCCAGCGCCCGCGCGGACUGGCUCUCCCUGGACGACAGCCAGUUCCGGAUGUCGAUCCUGGAGCGCCUGGAGCAGAUGGAGAAGCGCCUGGCCGAGAUGGCGGCCGGGGCCCCGGCGGCGCGGGGGGGCCCCGGCGACCCCCCCCCCGGGCCAGGUGAGCGCGCCGCCCGGACGCCUGGGCCCCGCGCGCUGCUGGCUCUGUGGCUCCGGCUGGCGCCGACCCUCCAUCCUCCCCGGGCCGGCGGCGGUUUUCCAGGGUUCUUCUGGGCGCCGGGCGACGCCUUCGAGCAGCGCGUGGUGGCUCUGUGCGAGGCGCUGAUGGCCCGCGGCGGGCGGCCCGGCUCCGGCGCCGGCUCCGGGCCCCGCUCCGGCCCCGGCUCCGGCUCCGACCCCGGCUCCGGGCCCCGCUCCGGCCCCGCCUCCGACCCCGGCUCCGGCUCCGACCCCGGCUCCGACCCCGGCUCCGGGCCCCGCUCCGGCCCCGGCUCCGGCUCCGACCCCGGCUCCGGGCCCUGCUCCGACCCCGGCUGCGGCUCCGGCUCCGGCUCUGAUCCCGGCUCCGGCCCCGGCUCCGGCUCCGGCCCCUUCCGCGGGAUGAGCCUGCUGCACCUGGCCGCGGCGCAGGGCUACGCCGGCCUCGUCGACACCCUGCGCCGCUGGAGGACGCUGGCUGCCGGGAGCCUGGACCUGGAGCGCGAGAUCGACCCGCUCAACGUGGACCAUUUCUGCUGCACCCCCCUGAUGUGGGCCUGCGCCCUGGGGCACGCCGAGGCGGCCGAGCGGCUCUGCCGCUGGGAGCGCCGGGCGCUGGCCGUCGCCGACUCGCUGGGCCGCCUGCCGCUGCGCCUGGCCCGCGCCCGCGGCCACCUCGCCCUGGCCGCCCGCCUCGAGGAGCUGCAGCGCGCCAUCCCCGACGUCCCCGACGCCAUCCGCGGCGACCCCCGGUGCCAUCCACGGCGUCACCGAGCUCCCACGGGUGCACCCGGGGCGUCCCCGAUGUCCCCAGCACCAUCCCUGACGUCCCCGGCGCCAUCCACGGCGUCCCCGAGCUCCCACGGGUCCACCCGGGGUGUCCCCGACGUCCCCGGCGCCAUCCGCGGUGUCCCCGGUGCCAUCCACGGCGUCCCCGAGCUCCCAUGGGUCCACCUGGGGCGUCCCCGACGUCCCCAGCGCCAUCCGUGCUGCGGCUCCAGCUCCGGCUGCGGCUCCGGCUGCGGCUCCGGCUGGCGCUCGCGGAGCUCGGCCUGCUCCAGCGCCUCGGUGCCGGCGCCCGACCCUGCCGCCGGCAUCCCGCAGGUGGACGUGGUGACGCUGGCGCGGCAGAUCCUCGAGGCGACGCCGGAGCGGAUCAAGCACGAGGCCUCGGCGCCGGCGCCGGCCCCCGGCACCAGCCCCGGCGCCAGGGGGGCUCAGCGCCGCCAUGGCCUGGCUGGAGACCUACCUGGAGAGCGUCGACCGCCCGCCCGGCGCCCCGCGGCACAGGUGGGCGCGCGGGGACGGCCGGGGCCGCCGGGGUCGGUGCCGUCGGCGUCGGUGUCGGCGUCGGUGUCGGCGUCGGCGCCGUCGGCCGCCGGCUGGGCCGAGUUCCUGCGGGCGGCGGGCGCCGGGGGGGGCCCGGGCGGCGCCGCCCCGCCGACGCUCUCGGCCGAGCAGCGCGAGCUCUACGAGGCGGCGCGCGUCGUCCAGGCCGCCGUCCGCCGGCACAAGGGCCGGCGGCUGAAGGAGCAGCAGGAGGUGGCGGCGGCCGUGAUCCAGCGCUGCUACCGCAAGUACAAGCAGCUCACCUGGAUCGCUCUGAAGGUAACGGGGAUGCCGGGGGGGGGGGGGCGCCCGGACGCCUGGGCCCCUUCCUCAGGGCUACGGGGCUGCCCGGACGCCUGGGCCCCC